AUGAUCACCCUGAGUAGUAGUACUACAGUAGUAGGCAGUGCCGCUGUGAUCAGAUCAUACAAGUUGGCAGACAUGGACAAGGACAAAGAACAGUAUCAUCAAGUGUAUGAAGAGCAUUCCAAAAAUGCAUCAAGUAAAGAUGCAGUGCUCACUGAGAUCAACAAAAGUGAUAGACCAAUGGAUUUUGAUGGCAGUAAAUUGGGCCUGGAAACUCAUAUGUAUGGAAUGGACGGCCUCUCUCCUAUUAGGAUGAUGGUCAAAAAGGGCAACGCACUCUUUAGAAUAUCCUCAGAAACUUAUGGUCUUCUCCGUGGAUUUAGACACCCAAACCUGCUUCCGAUAGAGAAUUAUUCCACAAGAGGUCAUGGUUGGUUUAUUGUUCCAUGCGUUAGUGGUUCUCUCAAGGGCUGGAUGAAUAGCCAGAAUGGUUCGUCCAUGUUUCAGGGAGUUGGUCAAAACAAAGAUAUAACACCACAAUUUAGAGCCAUGCUUAUUGUGUUAGGAGAAACUCUUGUAAAAUGUUCUGUAAAAUGCCACGAUCGCAGCGUACUAGCUCAGAAGAGGCAUUUUAAGCCUGGAGCUAUGGCAGAGAAGAUGCAAGAGUUUAUCACUGAAUGUUGUCGGAUACUCCGCAUUGAUUUAACUGACAACUCAAAAAACUUCAUUAGUUACAUCUGUGAUCCUGCAAAAGCUCGGCAUGUUGACCAAGACCUUAGUGUUCCUCUUCAUACUUUCUUAGAGAGAUACCCAGACAGUUGGACUUUCAUUGACAAGGAGAGCUAUGUGUUCGCUCGAGAAUCAAUAAUAGUGGAGUGA